CAGAUUGUGUUGCACCGGGCGGGUGUAACCAGCGAGCUAACGUUAGGCUAGUUAGAUGUAGCUAGCUAGCUUUAGGUUCUUGUCGGCGUACGCAGCUGUAGAAUGAACAUUAUACACACGAUUAUUGAGGGAUACUAAUGAAACUCGUUGCUGUCACUUUAUUUUACAGCCACACUGCUGUUGUCCACGACAUCCUCAGUUGAGUUGUUUUAAUCGUUAGCUGUUCUGUGUUGGUCUGUUAGCUAGUUAGCCUCCUCAGCUAACUGGGUACAGUAGCUUAUGGGUGUCAAAGUUAGCCGUGACUUCACCGGGUGUCUGGUUGCCUGAUCUCACAUUUCGGACACGUCAAGGUUCCUCAAAUCUGUCUUUUAAUUUUGGGGGCUGUGAUGUCGGAGCCCAAGACCCCCACUCCCACUCCUGCUGGCGACACAUACAAAGGAUGGGUGUUCAAGUGGACAAAUUACAUCAAAGGUUAUCAGCGGAGGUGGUUUGUCCUGAGUAAUGGACUGUUGUCAUACUACAGGACCCAAGCAGAGAUGGGCCACACGUGUCGAGGCACAAUCAACUUGGCCACAGCAACUAUCACUGUGGAUGACGCCUGCAACUUUGUCAUCUCAAACGGCGGGGCACAGACCUAUCACCUGAAGGCCAGCUGUGAAGUGGAACGUCAGCGCUGGAUCACUGCUCUAGAACUGGCCAAAGCUAAGGCGGCCCGCAUGCAGGCCGAGUCAGAUGACUCGGGGGAUGACUUUUCCUCAUCAUCCCCGCCGGUGGCACCUGGACAAGGUGGGGGGUCACAGAAUACAGAAGUUCAGUCUGCUCUCAGAACACUAGGCAGCAAGGUGGAGGAUCUCAGCACGUGCAACGACCUUAUUUCAAAGCAUGGCUCUGCCCUCCAGAGGUCUUUAUCAGAACUGGACAGUUUGCGUCUGACUGGAGAGGCUGGGGAUAAGAUUCGUCAGGUGACAGAGAGGGCCACGCUGUUCCGCAUUACCUCUAAUGCCAUGAUUAAUGCGUGCCGAGACUUCCUUGCGCUGGCUCAGGCUCACAGCAAGCGAUGGCAGAAGGCCCUUCAAGCAGAGCGGGAGCAGCGGGUCAGGCUGGAGGAGACUUUAGAGCAACUGGCCAAGCAGCACAACCACCUGGAGCGAGCGUUCAGAGGAGCUGCACAGUCUAAUGCAACAGCAGACAAUAAAAGUGCUACAGGACCUGGAAAAGGUGAGGCGAGCGACGAGGACGACGACAAUGAGUUCUUUGAUGCCAUGGAAGAGGCUCCCGAGUUCAUCACUGUCCCUGCAGACCCCCAGUUCCACAAAAGAUCAAGCAGUAAUGUCAGCGGUUUCAACAGUGAGAUUUGUCCUGAUGAUCAGUCGCUCAAUGAGGAGCCUCUAGCGAUGAACCAAGAGUCUCCCUCUCAGGAGCUGGUACCCCUGAAGAAGAGGCGGGCGCGUAUUCCAGACAAACCCAACUACUCCCUCAACCUGUGGAGCAUCAUGAAGAACUGUAUUGGCAAAGAGCUGUCCAAGAUCCCAAUGCCUGUAAACUUCAACGAGCCCAUCUCCAUGCUGCAGCGAUUGUCGGAGGACCUGGAGUACCACGAGCUGCUGGACAAAGCCUCCAAGUGCCAGAGUUCACUGGAGCAAAUGUGCUACGUGGCGGCGUUCUCCGUGUCGUCCUACUCCACCACCGUGUACCGCACGGGCAAACCCUUCAACCCUCUGCUGGGAGAGACGUACGAGCUGGACCGCCGGAGAGAGAGCGGCUACCGCUCACUCUGCGAGCAGGUGAGUCACCACCCCCCUGCAGCAGCACACCAUGUGAUUUCUGAUCGUGGCUGGACCCUGAGGCAGGAAAUCACUGUUGCCAGCAAGUUUAGGGGCAAAUACCUCUCCAUCAUGCCUUUGGGCACUAUUCAUGCAAUCUUUGAAAAGGGCAACAAUCACUACACCUGGAAGAAAGUGACAACCACGGUGCACAACAUCAUCGUGGGAAAACUGUGGAUCGAUCAGUCUGGAGAGAUAGACGUGGUGAACCACACCACCGGAGACCGCUGCCACUUGAAGUUCGCUCCGUACAGCUACUUCUCCAGAGACGUGGCCAGGAAGGUGACCGGUGUAGUGAUGGACAAGGAUGGCAAGGCCCACUAUGUGCUGUCAGGAACGUGGGAUGAGAAGAUGGAGUUUUCCCGGGUGAUGCAGAGCAGCAGAGGAGGAGAGAACGGCACCGAGGGCAAACAGAAGACGGUCUAUCAAACCCUCAAAGCCAGAGAGGUUUGGAGAAGAAACCCUCUACCUGAGGGAGCAGAGACCAUGUACUACUUCACCGCCUUGGCGCUGACCCUAAACGAGUCAGAGGAUGGCGUGGCGCCCACCGACAGCCGGCGGCGGCCCGACCAGCGCCUGAUGGAGGACGGCCGCUGGGACGAGGCCAACUCGGAGAAGCAGCGGCUGGAGGAGAAGCAGCGCACCGUUCGACGGGAGAGAGAGAGGGAAGCUGCCAGCCAACGCACCUCCAGCCAGUCAGAAGAAGCUGUCGAUGAGGACUCUCUUACUGAUCCGUCCUUAAAAAGCGCGCCUCAUGACAGCUACCAGGCACUUUGGUUCGAGCGCUGCGAGGACCGGAUCACAGGUGAGCAAGUGCAUAUCUAUAAGGGAGGCUACUGGGAAGCUAAGGACCGCGGCACCUGGGAAGGCUGUCCGGACAUAUUUUGACCUCGGCAUUGACUGCGAAGUGCCCUGAAGAGACUGAUCCAUCUAACUGCCUGGUGGCUUGUCCCCCCCCCCCUCCCACUUGGACGGCUGCGUCCCUCCAGUGGUUCUCUGUUCUAAGAGAUCUCCAGGACGGUCCCUGCGCUCUGAUCCAGAAGGGGAGCAGGGUUUUUUCCUCCGGCCUCCCUCGCCCCAUUUUGGUUCCUGUCUCCUAGAGUCUUAGCGCCCGCCCCCCUUCACACAACCGAAGGGACUGGAAUAAAAUUGUUGGUGCUGCUUUGACUCGAGUCAGGCUAAGCAUAAGGGGGAGGAAAAUAAAUGGGCAGUGCUUCCAAUCAUAGUAGAUCAUUCUUUUAGUCUCUCUGCUCAAAUCUUUGGGAUUAGGAGCAGAAGAGGUUUCGUGCUGAUAACAACUUGUGAGAUAAUGUAGUGUUCCUGUUGUCAUCAACAGCAUUGUGUGCUUUGGUAAUAACUCUAAUAAAAUGGGCGGUAAGACCUGGUUAAUAUAUACGUUUAUAUAUAAAUAAGAUAAAAAUAAUUUCAUUAAAAUGUCGACUGGUGGCCUUCAAGACGUUAGCGAGGAUUUCUUGUUUUUCUCUCUGAUUUAGUGUCUUAAUGUAACAAAGUGAAGGUUCUAGUGUGCUUGUGUGUAUGACUGCAUAUCUGCUCUUCCAUCACUUUAAAACACUGCCACUGUGCAGUAUACUGUGUUAUAAAAAAAAAAAUACUGGUUGAACCUCCACACUGUCAUACUAUAUGAUUAGAAGAGUUUUUCUUCUUCACAAAGGCCUGAUGGAAAUUGUUGUGGCCAAAAGGCCAAAACCAUGUUUCUCUUGGCCUUAGAACUGAGCAACCUGCUCUCACUUUAUUUACAUCACACCUGAGUGGAUUUGACGCUGACAUUUGUAGCUAGUUUCUUGUACAAACAUUAAAACUUUAAAUAAGUAGUUGAGGGGAACAAAAGAUUACAGAGCUGCAAAAUGGCAAAAAGCUUCUUCCGGUGCUGGGAAAAUCUCACAUUAGUACAGUUUUAUAAAAAUAACAAUUAAUGAAAUGACCCCUUUUCACAAUAUUGGAGGAAUAUUUUAGCCAUUUUGCAGGUAAAGUGAAUGGUAACUACGUUACAUGGCAGUAAAAAUGGUGUGAGAUAUGUGGUGUGAUAUUUUUUGCGUGUGUUAUGAAGAACACAGACAAAUGAGCAAAGAAAACAAAAGUAAAUGCAGUGGUAAAAAUAAACCUUUGUGUAUCUGCUGAAGAGUUCAUACAUAUGCAAGAACAUUUUGACACCAAAAACAUGGGAUAUAAUGUGUAUGUGCGGGGGUGUGUGAAUUUCAUAAUUUUGUUUGUAAGUGUACUUAAAAAUGAAGAAUAAAGAAACAAAGAAUUUAAAAGCAUUGCAAAUAACUAUGAUUUUAUAAAUGUAAAGAAAUUCAUAUAGUAUUGAUAACUGUAAGGUAGUUUUUUUCUUGUAUUUUUGGUUCCUCAUAUUAUUGGAAGAGGACUGUCUUCAUUUUCAGAUAAAAAAGGGAGUUUCCAUACUUAACUGAGAGGGGACACAUGACAUUGUUCAGUAUUUUGUAUUAACAAAGAAAAAGAAUCUGUAAUAAACAAAUGCUGUGAUGUCAAACAAA